AGACAAUAUACUUAAUGUUUCUUAACUAGGGUGCCUUAAUUUUGAGCAAGCCCAAAGUAUUAAUUAAUCCUUUGUGAUUAAUCAGCAGAAGUUCAAGGGCACUAGUAUUAAUUAAUUAAUAAUUAGUAACCUUCAAACACAUGAUCCGACGCCUGCCCUGCCAGCUACCACUUUGCUUAAAAGGUCAAACUAAACUUUGAAAUUUCAGACUCACCACACAGUCAAGAUGGCUGGCAAUAGGGAUGACCUAAAUUGUCAUGAAGAAGAUGUGGAUGGCCUAAAUGGGAAUGAGAUUGAACUAGAGAAGCUAAGCCUUGGUCCAGAUGGAAGCAAGAAACUUCUUGUACUUGAUCUAGCUGGGGUACUGUGUGACAGGGUGUUUCACAAAAACAGGGCCAAUAUCCCAGAUAAUCGUACUCCUGAUGCUGCCAGUGGAAGCUUUUUCGUUUACAAGAGGCCAUUCUGUGAAGAGUUUGUGAGAUUUUGCCUUGAAAGGUUUGAUGUUGGAAUCUGGUCUUCUGCCAGAAGGACCAACUUGGAAACUGCCCUUGAUUGUGUGAUAGGAGAACUCAAAGGCAGACUCUUAUUUGUCUGGGACCAAGAUGAUUGCACUGAUUCUGGGUUCAGCACCAAGGAAAACAAGAACAAGCCAAUCUUUUUCAAGGAGUUGAAGAAACUAUGGGACAACGAGUCCUCUAAUCUUCCAUGGAGAAAAGGGCAAUAUUCUUCAUCAAACACAAUACUGAUUGAUGAUAAACCUUACAAGGCACUUCUAAAUCCUCCUUCCACGGCAAUAUUUCCCACCGAAUACAAGCCGGACCAACUGGAUGAUGCUACUUUAGGUCCAAAUGGUGAGCUCCGACUGUACUUGGAUGGCCUGGCAAGAGCAGCAGAUGUCCCUGGAUAUGUGAAGGAACACCCUUUUGGACAGUCUGCUAUAACAGCUAUCCAUCCUGACUGGGAUUUCUACUCCAACAUCAUUGACAGUUCCCAGCUUCUGGGAAAGUCAUGAACAGAUGAUUUCUUUUGUGUACUAUGGAAAUGUUUCCUUAUUUGUGCCCAUGAAAGUUUAACAGGUAUUUGAGUUUGUUUAUUUUAGUAUUUCCUUUUAUAUAGAUUAUCAAUUAAUUAUGCGAUA